CUAGCUCCGCCCUCAUAGGCGUGGCCGUGCACUGCGGUACCCUGAUUGUUGUCUCAUCUCCACGGAUUCGUUCAUCAUUCUCUAUUCUCCGCAAUCUUAAAACGCACCCGUGUUUAACCAUAGAGACAACUAAACGGUGCCUGCGGCCCUCACAAGGAACUUAAGUAUGUUUUCAAUUGGGGGAAUUUCGUCGCAUAUCUACAAGGAGCGCUUGCACGCAGAAGGGAUGGGAACCAAUGACAAUGCACUCAAGUACCUGAACCAGGACUACGAGGAGCUGAAGAGGGAGUGUGUGGAGAGCGGUAGGCUGUUUGAGGACCCCUGCUUUCCCACAGUGCCCCAGUCACUGGGCUUCAAGGAGCUUGCGCCAAACUCCUCCAAAACACGCGGUGUGCAGUGGAUAAGGCCCACUGAGCUGUCAAACAAUCCUCAGUUCAUAGUGGGAGGAGCGACACGGACAGAUAUUUGCCAGGGGGCUCUAGGUGACUGUUGGCUGUUGGCUGCCAUAGGGUCUCUGACUUUAAAUGACAAGCUGCUUCACAGAGUUGUUCCUCAUGGACAAAGCUUUACGGACGAUUAUGCAGGCAUCUUCCACUUCCAGUUCUGGCAGUUUGGCGAGUGGGUGGACGUCGUGAUUGACGACCGCUUGCCUGUCAAGGAUAAAGAGCUAAUGUUUGUUCACUCAGCAGAAGGAAAUGAGUUCUGGAGUGCUCUUUUGGAGAAGGCCUAUGCCAAGCUGCAUGGCUCAUAUGAAGCUCUGUCGGGAGGUUCCACCACCGAAGGUUUUGAGGACUUCACAGGCGGAGUGGCCGAGAUGUACGAGCUGCGUAAAGCUCCCAAAGACCUGCACCGCAUCAUUGCCAAAGCCUUGGAGAGAGGCUCGCUGCUGGGCUGCUCCAUUGAUAUCACCAGUGCCUUUGACAUGGAGGCCGUGACCUUUAAGAAGCUGGUGAAGGGGCAUGCGUACUCCGUCACAGGUCUCAGAGAGGUGAAUUUCCGUGGCAGCAAAGAGAGGUUGAUCCGCAUCCGAAACCCUUGGGGGCAAGUUGAAUGGACAGGGGCUUGGAGUGACAAUUCUUCUGAGUGGAAUGGAAUUGAUCCAGCAGAAAGAGAGGAAAUGAACAACCACAUGGAGGAUGGCGAGUUUUGGAUGUCAUUUCAGGAGUUCAAACGUCAGUUUUCUCGUCUGGAGAUCUGUAACCUCACACCAGACGCUCUUAGCGAAGAGUCUUUAAAUUUCUGGAACACGAUUAAGUUUAACGGCACCUGGAGGCGAGGAAGUACAGCAGGGGGCUGCAGGAACCACCCCAAUACAUUCUGGAUAAAUCCUCAAUAUAAGAUCACGCUACUGGAGGAAGAUGAUGAUCCAGAGGAUGACGAGGUGGCCUGCACCUUCAUGGUGGCCUUGAUGCAGAAGGACAGACGGCGUUACCGCAAGCAAGGACAGGACAUGCACACCAUCGGCUUUGCUUUGUAUGAGAUCCCAGAAGAGUUUCGUGGUUCCCAGAGUGUGCAUCUCAAGAAGGACUUUUUCUUGCGUAAGUCGUCCUGUGCGCGCUCGGAGACCUUCAUUAAUCUGCGAGAGGUCAGUGCGCGACUGAAACUGCCACCGGGCGAGUAUCUCAUUGUCCCUUCCACUUUUGAGCCUGGAAAAGAGGCUGACUUCGUACUGCGAGUCUUCACUGAGAAACAGUCAGAAACUCAAGAAAUGGAUGAUGAGAUUUCAUUUAACCUGGAAGAUGAAGAGGAGGUUUCAGAGGAGAAUAUUGAUAACUCUUUUAAGAAAAUGUUUGCUCAGCUGUCUGGAGAGGACAUGGAGAUUUCAGUUCAUGAGCUCAGGACCAUUCUGAACCGGGUGGUGGGCAAACACAGGGACUUGAAGACAGAUGGGUUCGGCAUGGAGUCGUGUAGGUGCAUGGUCAGCCUGAUGGAUAAAGAUGGCAGUGCAAAACUGGGAAUUGUGGAGUUCCAGAUUCUAUGGAAUAAAAUCAGGAAGUGGCUGGGCAUUUUCAGACAGUUUGAUCUGGAUAAAUCUGGCACGAUGAGCUCCUAUGAAAUGCGCCUGGCUGUGGAGUCAGCUGGUUUUAAACUGAAUAACAAGCUACAUCAGAUACUGGUGGCAAGAUAUUCCGAUGGAGAUACAAUUGACUUUGACAACUUUGUCUGUUGCCUGGUCAAACUGGAGGCCAUGUUCAAGGCUUUUAGAGAGCUGGAGAGAGAGGGGUCGGGCAUCGCAGAACUCAAUAUAAGUGAGUGGCUGUACAUGACCAUGUGUGGAUGAUGUGUGAAGAUCAUAUUGUGCUGGACAAAAAGGGCCAAAAUCACACUCCCUCAACUGCAGCUUUAAGCCAUUACACCCAAAGAUGCCUGAGCAAUACAGUACAUACUGCCUUAAAACACACCAACCUAACCAUCACAUCAGCUUAUGGCACUAUAUGCUUUUUGAUUAAGAAGGGACACCUCAUUAUGCAAGAUGCAUUUAUCAAUUAUGAACCAUUAAAUGUCAAUUUAAACAUAUAUUGCAGCAUUUCAGAGAGUAGCAUAACAGUUUUUUUUCUUAACUGCAUGCCACUAACCUUAUGCUGUAGGUAUUUUAUUGGACCUUGCAUAUGUAGAUGAACUUAGCAUUUGCACCAUUACGGCCUUGAUAUUUAAAUAAUUUUUUUUGAGAUUCAAAAAUGUAUCUUGUGUAUGAUUUUGAUAUAAUUUAUGAUCACUGUGAUUUGCUCUGCUAUUAUUUAUAAAAGAAUAACUUAUGUUCUUAUAGGAUGUUCAGGGAAUUGUGCUACACUAGAUCCUUUCUUUUAUGCUGCUUAAUAUGAAGUGAAAAUAAAGGUUAAAUUUGACUUA